AUGAUUGGUGCCAUGUGGAAGGCAACUGUAUUGUUGGUCCUUUUGAUGCUCAGCUCCGGUGGUGAUGGGCUCUUUCGCACCCUCUACAAAAGUGUCCAGGCGUCCAGGCCACAUAAGGGAAACGUAGGACGGCCAUUAUUUCUUACUCCUUAUAUUAAAGCUGGGAAACUCAAAGAAGGGAAACGAUUGAGUUUGGUGGCUUCUUACCCAGGACUGAAGGUGAAGAGUUACGCUGGCUACCUCACUGUGAAUAAGACUUACAACAGCAACCUGUUCUUCUGGUUCUUCCCGGCACUGGUAGAUCCAUCGAACGCGCCGGUGGUUCUCUGGCUGCAGGGUGGGCCAGGAGGGUCAUCCAUGUUUGGACUCUUUGUGGAACACGGACCUUAUGUUGUCACACGUAACCUGACCUUGCAUGCUCGAGACUUUCCUUGGACCACGACGCUUUCCAUGCUUUACAUCGAUAAUCCAGUGGGCACGGGCUUCAGUUUUACUGAUGAUCCCCAGGGAUAUGCAGUCAAUGAGGAUGAUGUGGCUCGAGACUUGUUCAGUGCAUUAAUUCAGUUCUUCCAUUUGUUUCCCGAAUACAAAGAGAACGACUUUUAUGCCACUGGGGAGUCUUACGCAGGGAAGUAUGUGCCCGCCAUUGCACACUGUAUCCACACUCUCAACCCCCUGAUGUCAGAGAAGAUCAACCUGAAGGGAAUUGCUAUUGGAGAUGCCUAUUCUGAUCCCGAAUCACUCAUAAAGGGCUAUGCAGAAUUCCUAUACCAAAUUGGCUUGUUGGAUGAGAAGCAGAGAAAGUACUUCCAGAAGCAGUGCAACGAGUGUGUGAAAUACAUCAAGGAGAAGAAGUGGUUUGCAGCCUUUGAAGUAAUGGAUAAACUGCUGGAUGGUGACUUGACAAAUGACCUUUCUUACUUCCAGAAUGUUACAGGAUGUUCUAAUUACUAUAACAUUUUACAGUGCACGGAACCUAAGGACCAAAGUUACUAUGGGGAAUUUUUGUCCCUCUCAGAAGUGAGACAAGCCAUCCAUGUGGGAAACCGCACUUUUAACGAUGGAACCGAAGUUGAAAAAUACUUGCGACAAGACACAAUGACAUCAGUUAAGCCAUGGUUAGCUGAAAUCAUGAAUCAUUAUAAGGUUCUGAUCUACAACGGCCAACUGGACAUCAUCGUGGCAGCUCCCCUGACAGAGCGCUCCUUGAUGGCCAUGAAUUGGAAAGGGUCCCAGAAAUACAAGAAGGUGAAGAGAAAAGUAUGGAAGAUUUUUAAAUCUGAUGAUGAAGUGGCUGGUUAUGUGAGGCAGGUGGAUGACUUCCAUCAGGUCAUUGUUCGAGGUGGAGGACACAUUUUACCCUAUGACCAACCUCUGAGAUCUUUUGACAUGAUAAAUCGAUUCAUUUUUGAAAGAGGGUGGGACCCUUAUUGA